GGUUCUUGAGGAGUUGCCCGUUCUUCCCAAGUUUUGGAAAUGUUUUCCGAAGUUGUGCAGCAACGGUGAUUAUGGACUUUCUGUUCGUGUAUAAAUCUUUGAAAUGGCGUCCAUAGUUUUAACUGAAAUGUUAGCAUACAAGUAAGAUGUGCUUGUUCGUCAGAAACGCUGCUACAGUUGAUGUUUCUCAAGAAAAAAACGUUGGAAAAUGAUUUCAUCGCGGAUUUUUAACAGUGGCAACAUCCAGACAUGCAACCAGCUAGCUAGCGGCUCUCCUUGGUGAGAGUGGCACACCAACGUACGAAUGCGUCAGGUUCACUUCACCGCGAAGAGGAUCACGUUAUGGUCAUUUAUCUUUAAUAUCCAGGUAUCUUGUUUGUGUCUACCUCUUUUAUACGACCGUUGGGGUUACGAUGAAACCUGGUGCGAGACUCAACGUGCCGGUGUAUCGGAGCACAGUGCUGGACACCAGACUUGUUAUAACGGUAACGUCAUAUCUCAGGAUGCACCAUGGUACACAACACGAUCACUUCUUUUCUCGAGGACACAUGAGAGCCUCUGUAGUGUCCACCUAAUGCAGCAUGACCCCACUGGGAGUUCAGCAGUGCAGACAGUGCCUAGAAUGGAUGCUUUUGUAACUGGCUGUUCAAACACCCUGAUAGGCACAAUGGAGAUCAGUGGGUGCAUGGUGCUGUCUGCAGAGGGCCCACUCUCCUCUUCAGCUCCUGGCAGCCCAUGGGGACACUCCUUAUUUGCGCCACUUAACUACAUGUCAAACAUCUUCCACCGUCGUAACCGCAGAACCACACUCACCAGAUACAACCCGGGCCUCACUCUGCCUCAGAUCCAGAGUGUGGCACCUCCAUCCACAUUCGGGGUCAAAUUUUACAAGUGUGCACAGGUGAAGCUUGGCACUGACCCUCCUCAGCUGAUAUUCUUCCUGCUGAUUCACAACAUGGGCCCAGUGGGUGGCACCAACCUGUCUCAGGUUGCUAUCCGGGACUCCAUUACUGGAAUAGUACCUCUAAAAUCUGAGGGCAGGGUGGUGGAAAGAGGCUACCAAACGUUUGCUAUUGAUUCACUGUCUGCUGGAACCCAGAUAAUUGUCAACUAUACUGCUCAAAUAAGGAGCCAUAAGAGUGAAGUCCUGGACCUUCCAGCUUUUCUCACCUUCUCUAAUGCCUCACAGAAUGAUGUCAGUAUGUUUGGUCCAUUAACAGCUAAUCUAACCUUGAGGGUGAAUUCCACGGACAGGAUUUAUCCUAACCAUGGGGUCCAUUUUGCUGGAUUUGUUGCUGGGUUCUUUGUUACGUUGGUGCUGCUGUCACUGGGGUUUCUGGCCAUAAACCUGAUAGGUCCGAGGACAAGGCUGAACCUUCUUCAACAAAGGAGAAACCGAGGUGAUUCAGACCCAGAGUAUGCAGACUGCAGCAUGAGUGAGACUGUUAAAGAUGAGGCGGCAUUUGAAGACAAGAUGGUGGACACCAUGGUGCUGGAGGAUCCCCAGAACAUGUACCAGGCUUUGGAGAACCUUGAAAUGUCUACACUGCUGCAUGCCACCAACAACCUGGAGGCCACCCGGAUUCAGAUCUACAAGGAUGUGAUGUCCUCCCUGCUGGGCAGCCUGCGCUCCCGAGGCCAGGCCAGCGCCCAGGCUCAGCAGAGGCUCCUCAGUGUGCUCCACGGACAGAUGUUAGGCAUGGAGGGUCGGCUGAAGGAGGAGCGAGGGGCCCGCAUGGCUGCUCUGGCUGGCCGGUGUAACUUGGAGACUCGGGAGGAAAUGGAAGCAGAGCAUCGCAGAGAAGCUGCUGAGAAAGCCCAGGCUGAGCUGCUCUGUCAGCAUGCAGACCAACAGGAGCUUCUCCACUGCAGCGUCCUCCUGGAGAAGCUGCACAAGCUGAGCCAGAGUCAGCUGCAGCGCAUCCUGCUAGUGCGACAUGAAGAGGCCUCGGCAAAGGUCCAGAGGCAGACCAUCGAGUGGCGCCGGGUGGAGCUGCACAAGAUUUUUGCUGAGGAACUGGAGGAGGCCACCAGGAUGGGCGAGUUAGAGAAGAGUACAGCCAAGAGUCUUCAGCAUGAUUACUUUGCCUGUCAAGAUCAGCUCGAAGAGGUGCUGGAUGUGGUCCUUGCAAACCAGCGCUAUGUGCUCGCUGAACGCCAUGCGCAGAGGAAGUUCUUGGUGCACAGCCUUCAUAGCCUCAACAGCCUGAUUUCUGACAGCUUCUCCAGCACCUCCGGCAAUUUGGACAGCUGGUUCGCUUACGUCAGGAGAGGGAGCAUUGUGCCUGCAGAGCAGAUUGACCAGCUCCAGGAGAAGGCCCAGAAAGAGUUGGUGAUGGUGAGGCAGAGACUGGAUGAGGCACUGAGCCAAGAGAGGAGAGCCAUGCGCUGUGGACUGAUUAAGAAGAGGCGGGAACUCAUCUCUGACAUGCUGCGGGUCCACAAACAGAGACAGAAGGAUCUGUCAGGUCUGUCCAAGGGCCUAGAGAGAAGGAUAGAUGUAGCUCAGCACCUGCACUGUUGGCAAAACUUACUGACAGCUCACAGUUUGGAGCUAGCAGAGCUCAUCAACAACCUGGAUGAGGAGGCUGCUGCUGACAUCCGCAAGGUGACCAUGCGUGUGAUCCAGGGUGCCAUAACAGAAGCCAAAGCUAUUCAGCCCUCUGCAACCCAAGCCUUGCUAACACUCUUGCCCCCAGGGACGCAACAAUCUCUGCUGCAGGUGGAACCAGAGGCUGGACCAGGACAGGCCCAAGGACAGGGAGCAGGCGCUCUCCUGCAGGGCCAGGAAAGGCUGCAUCAGGAAGGCAAGGCAGCUUUACGCACCCUCAGCUGCACCAGGGAGGCUCUGCGGGAAGCCAUGGAGAGAGAGCUGCAGGAGCAGAGGGAGUUGAGGGCCCACUGCCGAGCGUUUUUCAGUUGUUUGUGUUCGUCCCAGCUGACUCUGUCUGAAGAUGAUCGGCUCAGGAUGAAACUAGAGUUUCAAAAGUGUCUGUCCGUGAUGGACCGCUGCCUGGUGCUACCCCAUGCUGUCUCAAGAACCAAGCUCCACACCGCUCUGGCAGCUUGGAGAAAGGAGAGCGAGCAACAGAUGACGAAUACGCAAUCUAAGGGGAAAACCGGCGAGGCCAGACAGAAAACAGACACAUCUGAUCUGCCGCUUUUCCAGAAAAGGCUGGAGGAUAGGAUUCAACUGUUUGAGAAGGAGAAGGAGAUGGAGAGUGGCAUCAUGAACAAGGUGAUGGAGGAGAUGCGUAGGGAAAGAGAGGAUGAGCUGCGGUCUCAGGGCGACAGCUUGGCGAUGCAGAUGGCUAGCAUCCACUACCAGAAGGCUGAGAGGAGGACCAAAGUCUUGGAGACCUCCAGAGCAAUGCUCACUCUGCACAGCUUGCUAAUUCAGCAGCUGAGAGAGAGAAAGAGCCUGGAGAGACAAGAAAUGGCCCAGUGUAUACAGAACCACUGCAUGGGCCUUGAGGAAGCAGAACAACAGCUACAGAGGGAGAGGACAGAGCUGGAGGGCCGGCAAAUGUCUCGGCCCAGAGUAGAGUCAAGUCCAACGCAGAGGGAGGACUCUGACAAGGGAGAGGAGGAAAGCGAGGACGAGAGACUGUUUCAGCUCCAGCAGGAUUGCAGGAUGACGACCAUCCUCCAGGAGGCACUCUACAAGAGCGAUCAGGUCAUCGCAGUGUUGGCUGAGAGGCUGGAGGAAAUGACUGGCAACAGUCAGGCCAUGGAAGAUUUAAAAGAGCAAAUGGAGCUCAGGAGACUCUAUGCAAACUGUGAUCAGGAUCUGGAGUUUGCAUCUCGGCUGGUGAAGCAGAGUCAGGUGUCAGCUGAGGUUCUCCUGGAGGCCCUGCGGCUCCUCCUCCCCACCCUGCCUGAAAGUGAACUCCUUUCCAUCACUGACGCCCUCUGCCCCAAACAGCACCCGGUUUCAUCAUCUGCAGAGCAGGAACACUCAGGGUGUGCCGGGGGGUCGAACAGACUCCUUCCUGUCAAACUGAGAGAAGACGUGGUGCAUAAAAAUAUGCCAAAUAUGCCAAGCUGCACUGAAAGAGAGAGACUCCAGGAAAAGAGGCAAAGUUUGAUGGAAAAACUGCUCCCCAGAUCCCAUCUCCACGUUCCAAGAGAUGUUGCAGCACUGCUGGUUGGAGAGAAAGGAAAGGAAGACAGUUUGACUAAAGCACAGCUGCCUAUUUAUAAAUCAAGCACGGAUGAAAAUACAGUUACACAGCAGUGCAGUGACACUGCGAAAGAAAAGGUUGUGGACACAGUGAGUGAAACAUUACACAGUACAGUGCCAGCCUCUGCCAGCAGUGCACAGGGCGUCCCUGUUAAUGGAGAGAGGCUGUUUGUGUUUCGGGAUCCACCUGAGACGUGUGACAGUGUGGGUGUUCCCAAGAGGAAAAGGAAAAGGAACUUUCUCAAUCUUAAGAAAGGCUCAGUGGCACCAACAAACCUACCUUGAGACUGACAAACUGUUUUUGUUAUGAAGGUACUUUAUGAGGAUAUAAUACUAAAAUCCAAAAUUGAAAAUAUAUGUAGCAUGGUGGUCACACAAAUGCUCACUAUUUUUGAUGGUAUUAUCUUAAAGUGACAUCUUUUAAAUGGUGGUAAAGUCCACAAAACCACAUCUUCUCUCUUCCUGUAGUGUUUGUGUGUACUGCAUUAGUGUCAAGUUUUAUUAUUCAUGUUCAAAACUCCAGAUGUUAGACAGGUUAGUUGACGCACAGAUGCAUGCACUGUAUCCAAAUUCCAGGUUGUUUCAUUUGCAAGUUGAAAUUCAUUUUCUGAAAUAAACAUUUUCCUGUUCCUCUUUAUAAACCUCAUGACUGCAAAUUAAAGUUUCAUUAAGUCUGACUUU